AUGGGCGGGCGCGGGCGGCCACGGGACGAGUCGUCGACCCACCCAUCCAAGUACUUGAAUGCCCACCACGAGGCGAGGGAGCUCCUGCCCGAGAUCAGCCACCGCCUCGAGCGCAACGCGGAGCACCGCGCCGCGCUGGAGCGCGACCGGAAGCUGGCACUCCUGCGGGAGAUGGAGGUCGUCGGCAUGACGACCACCGCCGUGUCCAAGUACCAGCAGCUGCUGAAGGAGCUGCGCCCCGAGGUGGUCAUCGUCGAGGAGGCGGCGGAGGUCCUCGAGGCCCACAUCCUCACGGCGCUCCACCCGCGCACGCAGCACGUCAUCCUGAUCGGGGACCAUCAGCAGCUGCGCCCGUCAACAGCUGUUUACCGCCUCUCCAAGAACUUCCACCUCGACGUCUCGCUCUUCGAGCGGCUCAUCAAAAACGGCGCAGACCACGAGACUCUGCUGCAGCAGCGGCGGAUGCACCCCAAGGUGUCGCGCCUCAUCAAGCCCUACUACCCGGAGCUGCGCGACCACCCGGUGACGCAGGAGCAUCCCGACGUGAAGGGGGUGAGCCAUCGCACCUUUUUCCUCCGGCACACCAAUUUUGAAGACGAUGAGGGCGAAAGCCACUCCAAGGCCAACUCGUUCGAGGCCAACUUCAUCAGCGCCCUGUGUGCGCACCUCGUGGCCAGUGGCUACGACGAGUCACAGAUCACGGUGCUGUCGCCGUAUCUCGGCCAGGUGCGGCUGCUAAAGAACAAGCUGAAGCGCGACCCGACCACGAUGGAGGUUCAGGUCACUGCCGUGGACAACUUCCAAGGAGAGGAGAAUGACAUCAUCGUGAUUUCAUUGGUGCGAUCCAAUCGCAACAGGUCCAUGGGCUUCUUGGCCGUCGAGAACCGCAUCAACGUGGCGCUCACACGCGCUAGGCACGGCAUGUUCAUCGUCGGGAAUGCGGACAUGCUGCGGGGCCACAAGCUGUGGGACGCCAUCAUGAAGGAGCUCGCCGCGGACGACUCGAUCAGCGACCGCAUGCCGCUGCUGCAGCGCGAGAGUGGCGCUGAAGUGCUGGUCAAGACCUGCGACGACAUCAGCCUGCUUCUCGACAACCCGCUGCACGAGACGCCUGCGGGCUGCAGCGGCGGCGGCUUCACGAGCUUCGGCGGCGCCUCGGAGAACCCAGGCAGGAAGGUAGCCGAUCGCUGGGCAGAUCUAGGCAAGCACGACCGCGGGGAUCGCGAUCGUGGCGGACGCGGGGACCGAGACCGCGGCAAAGGCC